GAAAUGUGUGUUUCAUACACAUUACAGUUCCUAUGGGCUGUAAGAAUCAUAGUCUUACGCCAAUGAGAAGAUUUAUAAAGUAAUUUUUAAUUGUCAAAUUGUCACUGAGUGCUGUCAAAAUUACCUACAUAGACGAAAAGACAUAAAGAUGCUUACCUCAACCCUGGUCGGUCUGCGAGCGGUGACCUCCUCGGUGGUCAUCACCAGGAACUUGGCGGCGGCACAGAAGGCGACCGACCCUAUCCAGCAGUUGUUCCUGGACAAAAUCAGGGAAUACAAACAGAAGAGCGCAGGUGGCAAACUCCUCGACGCCAGUCCAGCAAUUCAAAAGGAGCUCAAGGCUGAGCUUGACAAGUUGGAGAAGCAGUAUGGAGGUGGCAGCGGCGUUGACAUGACCUCAUUCCCCAGUUUCAAGUUCGAGGAGCCUAAGCUGGACCCCAUCAACGAACAGCCAGCCGCCGCCAAGAAGUGAAUACAAAUAACUUUAUUGUAAGAUGCAGUUUAUGUAAUAAAUUAGGCAGUACAUAG